UGGCCGGCCAGUCGUGCCGAGCCGCGGGGAAGCGGCCCGUGUGUCCCGUUUGCAGCCCGUGGCGACGGCGGGCGAGCUGCGCUGCUCCGCGCCAGCCGCUGCAGCCCCGCCGGAGCCCGUCCCGCCGGAGCCCGUCCCGCCGCUGCAGCGGCGGCUCCCGGGCGGCUCCCCGCGCCCCGCAGAGGGGGCGGCGGGGCCGGGGCGCGGCCCUGGGGCUGGGGGCUGGCGCUGGGGCUGGCUCUGGGGGUUCGGGCGGCGCCGGAGGGAGGCGAGUCUGAGAGCGGGCGGGCGGAGAAGCCGCCGUCGCCGCGGGGCUUCGGCGCGGCCGUGGAGAGGAGCAGGGACCUGGUGCGGAGGAUCAAGGAUGAAGCAGGAAUCCCUGGUAUUUUAGUUGGAGUUUCUGUAGAUGGAAAGGAAGUCUGGUCAGAAGGUUUGGGCUAUGCUGACGUAGAGAACCGCGUGGUGUGCAAGCCAGAGACCAUCAUGCGCAUCGCCAGCAUCAGCAAGUGUCUCACAAUGAUGGCUGUUGCCAAACUGUGGGAAGAGGGGAAACUGGAUUUAGAUGCUCCAGUGCAGAAAUAUGUCCCUGAAUUUCCAGAAAAAGUCUACGAGGGUGAAAAGGUCACUAUUACCACAAGACAGUUAGUUUCACACUUGAGUGGGAUUCGUCACUAUGAAAAAGACAUUACAAAAGUAAAAGAAGAAAAGGAAAAGGCAAACAGAGCACUUAAGCUAACAAAAUCCCAUCAGGAUAAAGAACAAAAAGCAAAAGAAGGUAAAGGGACUGAAAACACUGAUUGUGUCAAACAGAAGAAAGAACAUGAUAGUGAGACAAAGAGGAGAAAUUCAAAGCCUGGCAGGAACGACAAGGAAUUUGAACAGGAAGAGUAUUAUUUGAAGGAAAAAUUUGAAAGUGUGAUUGAGUCACUGAAGAUAUUUAAAAAUGAUCCCUUAUUCUUUAAACCAGGCAGUCAGUUCUUGUACUCAACAUAUGGCUUUACCCUCUUAAGUGCUGUUGUGGAGAGAGCUUCAGGACAAAAAUUUACAGAUUAUAUGCUGAAAAUGUUUCGUGAUUUGGAUAUGCUGUCAACUGUCCUAGAUGACAAUGAAGCAAUGAUAUAUAACAGAGCAAGGUGUUACAUUUACAACAAAAAGGGACGGCUGGUAAAUGCACCGUAUGUGGACAACUCUUACAAGUGGGCUGGUGGUGGCUUCCUGUCAUCAGUAGGUGACCUCCUGAAAUUUGGAAAUGCCUUGUUGUACAGUUACCAAGCCGGACAAUUUAAAAACAAGAACGCCAAACUUCUUCCAGGGUACCUCAAGCCAAGCACAGUUGCAAUGAUGUGGACUCCAGUGCCAAAAACAGAAGUGUCAUGGGACAGGGAUGGUAAAUACGCCAUGGCUUGGGCUGUGGUGGAGAAAAACCAACAGUAUGGCUGCUGCAGACAGCAGAGGCACUAUGCAUCUCACACCGGGGGCGCCGUGGGGGCCAGCAGCGUGCUCCUCAUCCUGCCUGAAGAGCUGGACCCUGAAGCUGUGGGUACCUGGCCAGUGGCACCCCCGAGAGGUGUCAUUGUCACUAUUAUCUGCAAUAUGCAAUCGGUUUCGCUCAACAGCACUGCCUUAAAGAUCGCAAGGGAAUUCGAUAAAGAGAAACGGGCACAAUCUGUGGGCUAAAGGAGAUGUGUGGGACUGAGCUCACUGGGCUGAACAACAAAGGGAGAAGGGUGUAAUUGGACUUCAAGUUCACUAAGAAUAUGGGAAGAAAAAACACAAAUAAUUCACUUAAUUAACCUCUGCUAGUGGUGCUAAAAUUACGUCUAACUGGAAUUCAUCUCUCAGGGAAGUUCCUAACUUACAGAAAAUGAGAAUGUAUCAGUCAAAGGUGACUUUCUGUAGUACCUGUGUAAAUGAUCAUUAUAUUUAGCAGGUUAUUUUUACCAACUAGUGAAACACGUGACCAAGAUUAAAAAAUAGCCUUUUUUUUUUUUGCACUAAGUACAAAUUAUCUACCUAGAAUGUUAAACUUUUGAAAAAUUUCACAUCUUGAUUUUAGCACACAAAUAUGUUGCUUGUUAUUCUCACAGUUCCAGUCUGCCACAACUAUUCAGUAUUACUUUUUGAAGAAAAAAUUGUGUCACCAUUGCUUUUUGUUUUUACCUACCACUUCCCUAACUUGCUUAAAAAACCAACAAAACCCAAACCUUGAAGCUACCUCCAGAAUGCAGAUUUAUACCCAGAAGCAGGCUUUUGUCAGAGCUGUGGAUUAAGAACUAGAAAAGAAUGAAUCUAGAGCAAUGUAAAGUAAAUUUAAAUGUAAAGUAAAAUUCUCUUCAUUUUUUAGAUAUUCUCUCAUCCAUUUUUAUUGGACACAGAGAAUGUGUAGAAUUAGUUUACUGUGCAAUAAAGGUAUUAUUUCUAGAGUCAAAUCCACCCAAAUAGCACAAUGUGCAAGGUGUCAAACUGUCCUGUUGUUUUUGAGUGAUAUACACUUGGUAGCCAGAAAUGGCACUGUAUUCUGUAGCCUAGAUACUCCCUUGUAAACAGGAAUUAGGAACUCAAAUAGCUCAAUACAACUCGAAGUCCAUGCUUGAAGCCAGGAGUAGAAGUUUCACCAACCAAACACGGCCAUGGCAGCUGGAGCACAGCUCAAAGUGCUGCAUCCAGGGGUGGGGACACCACCACCUCUGUGGGCAGCUCCUUCCAAUGCCUGAGCACCCUUUCUGUGAAGAGAUUCUUCCUGUUGUCCAACCUGAUCCUCACCUGGUGCAGCUUGAGCCAAUGUCCUCUUGUCCUUUCACUUGUUCCCCGUGAGAAGAGGCCAACCCCCCCUGGCUCCACGCUCCUGUCAGGGAGUUGUAGAGUGAUAAGGUCACCCCUUUUCUCCAGACUCCUUCAGCUUCUUGUCAGACUUGUGCUCCAGACCCGUCCCCCAGAGAAAGAAAGAAUGGCAACUGCCUUUCUCUGGACAUGCCCCAGCUCCUCAAUGCCUUUGCUGAAGUGAGGGGCCCAGAGCUGGACACGGGACUACAGGUGGGAGAUUUUCUAAUGAUCAGUUUCACAAUGGGAAUAAAGUAGCAUCUGAAGUGUCCAUUUUAUGUAUUUCACAAUGGCAUGGAAGAUCUCUGUCACCUCAAAGAUUUACCCCCACCUCACUUCCCCUGCAGUUACAUUAGACAGUACUUCCAGGCUGAGACAAAACAGAAAUGUCUUUCAGGAAAGGUUCCUGCACUGCUUAGCAGCUCUGCUGCUCUGAAUAUAAGGAGUAAGGUGUCUUGGUUAGCAGCUAGCAGAAGACAGCUCUACCUGCCUCUUUCCCAAACUAAUGCUUUUGGUGUUAUCUUCACAGUUGUCACCUGCCCUGUGACACAGCGUGCUGCCAUCUCUGUUCCCACUAUGCCUAUGGUAAUAUUUAUUAGCCAAGACCAAGAAACCAGGAAAUUUAGUAUCUGGAGGGGUCAGUGUUUCACCUGCAUUUUUAAUUGGAGCUAAUAAGACUAGUUUAGUAUAUUCUUCAUAAUUACAGUCAUUAUUGUACCUUAAAAACUGUUUGCUUGGGAUUUCUGGCCCACUCACCAAAAUUUCACUUCUUUAUUCAUUAAUAAUGUAUUGUCUUUAUCUCAAGAGUAUCCAAUCAUUUAAUCUUCUAGUACCUGGAACAAAAUGGGUCCCUGACAGUCUCUGCUUUGAUAUUAAAUUAAUCAUGAGUUCUUAUCUUUUAGGGUAGACAAGGCAGAGAUAUGAGAGACUAGGAAUCAAUCUGGCCUUAGCAUAUGUAUUCAGGUCACAAAUAAUAUUGCUACUUUGAACUUUGUUCUAAAACCAGUAAUUUGAUGGGCUGGCAUUGUACAUGAGAAACUAACUAGACUAUGUCUGGUCAAUUAAGAGCAGCUUUCAUGAUAAACUUACCUGUGAGUGAACCUUUGUUGUGAGUGGCACUGACAUAAACCCCUAUUUUUCUUAGAAGGCAUGUGUAUUCCAUUGGUACACCUGUUUCUGUAUCAAACACCUCCUUCUGCAUAUGGUAUUCACAUGUUUGCUGUUUGAAAUAACAGAAAUAAAACCUACCUUGCAAAU